AUGGUUGACUGUAAGGGUGCACCGACUCCAUUUUUGUCUAGACUCAAACUUGAGGCUUCUUGUUCUUCACCCUUGGUGGAUGCUACCUUGUAUCACCAAUUGGUUGGAAGCCUCAUAUAUUUGACUCACACGAGACCUGAUAUUUCAUAUGUUGUGGGCCUGGUCUCCAGGUUCAUGCAAGAGCCACAUGAGCUGCAUUGGAAGGCAGCCAAGCGGAUUCUUCACUAUGUACAGGGCACUCGUAAUUAUGGGAUUCGUUAUGCAGCGGGCACAGAUAUUGACUUGGUGGGAUAUACAGAUUUAGAUUGGACUACCGAUUCUCAAGAUCGCAAGUCUACUUCAGGGUAUUGCUUCUCUCUUGGUUCUGGUCCAAUUUCUUGGUCGAGCGAGAAGCAAUCUGCUAUUGCUCUUUCAUCUACUGAGGCUUAG